AUGGGCCAUGCAAGGACCUAUCUAUCUGUCGACAUUCUUAGACGAAUAAUGACUUCUUAUUUCGGCUACGAUGUGCAGUUUAUUAUGAAUAUCACUGAUAUCGAUGACAAAAUUAUAAAAAGAGCCCGUCAACGCCAUUUGCUAGCGAAGUAUCUCGAGUCUAACUAA